AUGCGUGAUAGCUCCCAUGGUUCAGAUCCGGCUCCUGUCCCUAAGCCUGCAGCCGCCAGUGUUUCCUGUUCCGCUCCGGUGGUCAAGUUUACUUUCGUGAACCAGGCGGAGGAUUUGGAUUCUUUGACUACUCGGAAGAUCGUCAAUCAAGAGCAGCGCCAUGUCAUCCGGUCCCAUGUCAUGAAAAGUGUUCGCCAGGAGGAGUUGGCCAAAGGCAAGAAAAGAAGCACAGGCCGAGAGCAGCCGAAGACAUCAAAUUCGAACAAAUCCCGAAGCAGCUCUAACGAUUCCGUCUCAUUGCUCAAGAACGAGUCACCAGCGGCCGUAACGACCGCAAUCAAAAAAGAGCGACAAGAGCACGAACCUAAUCUGCUCACGAUCGACCACAAGUCCAGAAGCCGUGGGGCUGUUGGGAUAUCGGCCGGAGCGUUGACCAUGAUGUAUAUGCCGGCGGUCCACGAAUUGGAUCCUUUUUAUACCUUGCCGUGCAAUUCACUAGGCCAUCAGUCCUUGGAACGCUUGCUUCGUUACUGCUUUGAUGUGCUUCUGCCUUUGACGUUUUCCGUCGAGACCAAACAACCUCGGGAGCGGUUGGUUCGGCAGGGUAUGGUGCUGCAGAGCAAGAUCUCAAAUCCUGCCACGUUCUUGGGCUUCAUGGCCACGGCGGCCGCUCACCGAGCAAUUUUCCAUGGAAAUCACAAAGACCUUGCACCGUCAAGUCAGAAUCACGACGACCUUAUCACGGACACGGAUUAUCAAAAGGUCAAACACGAGGCUGUCAUGGCGGUCCGGAAGAAAAUUCAACGGCGUGAUCAGAUCGAUCAUUCCAUGAUUGACGCAUGCUUCGGGCUCAUUGCGACUGCCACGGUCGUGGGUAAUUUUGAAGAAGCGAUGAUGCAUCUAAAAGGAAUCAAACAAAUCAUGACUUUGGUCGACGUGGGCCCCCAAUCCUUGCUUUGGCUUCCCCUUUCGAACGUCAAGGUCGCCGUGGGACUGAUGUCGCAUCCACUUUUACCGCUCCCCUGGCCACGUCGUCCAAUACCGCAGGACAUCGCGGAAGCGUAUCAUCCCAUCUCCUGA